AUGUCGGGGGGAUCCGGAAGCGUUCCCGGGGUACCGCCCUCGCCCUCGGUCUUCUCGUCAUUCGUGGGCGCUGGAGUGACCCCGCCCAUGUACCCGGGGAGCCACCACGCCGCCCAUGCCGCCCACACGCCCCCGGGGACACACUACAACCAGCACCACAGACUUCACCCGCAGCUGUCGGUGCUCCACCAGGUCUUGUUUAUUCUCCUUACUCUUAUUACCCUGAAUUUAGCAUUUGAGAGAUUUGCGAAUCAGCUUUGCAAUAUAACUUUAUGGCUGCUUGUUGAAAUCACCGGGGAACAAGCGCGAGAGAGAAUGGGUGUUUCAGCUGGGAUGUUGAAAAGUGAGCUCGGAGGCGGCGCCGUCGGCGUUCCACCCCGUGGUGUCCCGCGGGGCGCGGCGUCUGCACGACGUGUCCAGCCCGGACCGCGACGCCGCCCGCGCCGAGGACCCCGGCGGCCCGCAGCUGCAGGGCGGGCCGGGGCGCCAGCUGGGGGACCUGCCGCCGCACGUGCUGCCGCCCUGGGCCACUCCAUGCCGCCCCUGGGGUGCCCAGCCUGGCAUGGCAACCCGCUCCUCCCGGGCAUCUUCGACCGGCGGCUCCUGCGCGUGUCGGGGCGGGCGGCGCGGCCCAAGAAGCAGUUCAUCUGCAAGUACUGCUCGCGCCACUUCACCAAGAGCUACAACCUGCUCAUCCACGAGCGGACGCACACGGACGAGCGGCCCUUCCCCUGCGACGUCUGCGGCAAGGCCUUCCGCAGGCAGGACCACCUCAGGGACCACAAGUACAUCCACAGCAAGGAGAAGCCCUUCAAGUGCGGCGAGUGCGGCAAGGGCUUCUGCCAGAGCCGCACCCUCGCCGUCCACAAGAUCCUGCACAUGGAGGAGUCGCCGCACAAGUGCCCCACCUGCGGCAGGAGCUUCAACCAGCGCAGCAACCUGAAGACGCACCUGCUCACGCACACGGACCUCAAGCCGUACAAGUGCGCCACCUGCAGCGCCGUCUUCAGGAGGAACUGCGACCUGCGGCGCCACAUGCUCACGCACUCCAUCGGCGGCCACCUGCCGGCCGACAAGGAGGCCGACGAGGCCAAGGGCGCCGCCCACGACGACCUCGCGGCCUCGGGCUCGUCCUCGACGCCCUCGCUCGCCCUCUGCGAGCGGCGCGACGGCGCGGCGGACAUCGACGACGACGAGGCGGAGGACGAGGCCGACGACGACGACGAGGACGAGGAGAUCGACCCGGGCCGCCCCGACGACGCCUACGGCUUCUACGAGGCGGAGAAGGCGGACGACGAGGAGGACGUCGAGGAGGAGCUGGACGACGACGACGACGAGGGCGGCGACGAGCCGCCGACCACCGCGUGUCCGCCCUCCGCGCGCAGGGACAUGCACGGCGCCGACCUGCACCCCGCCCACGCGCCGCUCGCCCACGCCUCCCUGGCGCACGCCGCCCUCGCCGCGCCGCCCGCCCACGCCACGCACGCCCACACCGCCCACGUCGCGACGCACGACCCGGGCGCCCACGGCCCGCACGCCGCCCACGGCAGCAACAGCAGCAGGGACUCCGGCAUGUCGGGGCCGCACGGGGCGCCGCCCCCGAGACCCUCCUCGCGCCCGCACGCCCACGUCACGUCGCUCUACAGCCACGGCCACGGCUUCUACCCCGUGGUGGGCGGCGGGGGCGCGGGGCCGCCCGCCUCGCACUUCCGGGCGGCGCCGCACGACCUCAAGCGGCCCAUCGAGCAGGUCCUGGGCGGCGCCGGGCCCUCCGGGGCGCCGCCCGCCGUCAUGGGCGUGCAGGCGCCGCUGCACAUGGGCGGCGGGGCCAUGGGCGCCGCCCCGCGCCCGCCCUACCCACCGCACCCGCCCGAGAGGCCAAGAAGAAGGGCUUCAUGAUCGAGGACAUCAUGAACGGAUAAUCACCCCCCC